AUGUCGCUCCCUCCCGACUACUCCAACGAAAUCUCCGCCCUCAACCGCGAAAUCCUCAAGCACCAGCCGCAGGACGUCCUUCAAUUCUGUGCAAACUUCUUUCUGCGUCGCCUCGAGUCGCAACGCGCCGAGUUUCUGCUUUCACAGCAGCAUUCCAGCCCAAAGGGCCGUGGCAUGGCCGAGAGUAGCUUUCCUGGAGGCAACCCCUUUGGCACUUCUCCCAGCCAUACAGGCUCUUACAUGCAGCGCCUUGACGAGGAAGACGAGAACGACGCCGUAGCCUCUCCGACCGCAGCCUCCUUCCCACCCAACGCCAUGGACAAGGCCCAGAGCAACCCCGCGAGCGAGGACACCUUUGGCAACUUCGCUGGCUUUGGCGGCUUUGGCGACUCAGUCAAGAGCAGACCCCAGCCCGCCGGGGGCAUCGGUGCUCCAGAUGCGCAGAACCUUCCCAACAACUACAACCUCAAUAGACGCACCUCCGUCUCCGCCGAGUCACUCAACCCCGCAUCGUCCGACCACAGCGACUGGACCCCGCCAAAGCACCCAAAGUCGCAAGAGCAGCAGGCGCGCCUCAGGGAGGCUGUCGCCGGCAACUUCCUCUUCUCCCACCUCGACGACGACCAGUCUGCCCAGGUGCUCGGCGCAUUGCAGGAGAAGCCGAUACCAACAAAGGGCAUCAAGGUCAUCCAGCAGGGCGAUGUGGGCGACUACUUCUACGUCGUUGAGAAGGGCAGCUUCGACAUCUAUGUCAACCCGUCUGGCAAGCUAGAGGCGGGACCUGAUGGUCAAGGCAAUAAGGUGGGGUCUGUCGGCCCAGGAGGCUCCUUUGGUGAGCUGGCUUUGAUGUACAACGCCCCUCGCGCCGCCACGGUGGUGUCAGCCGAGCAGUCCAAUCUGUGGGCUCUAGAUCGCGUCACCUUCCGUCGCAUCCUCAUGGACAGUGCCUUUCAGCGACGCCGCAUGUACGAAGGCUUCCUCGAAGAGGUUCCCCUGCUAGCCUCUUUGACGCCUUAUGAGCGCUCAAAGAUUGCCGACGCCCUCGAGACAAAGAAGUUCCCUCCCGGUACCCACAUCAUCAAGGAGGGCGACGUGGGCGAGUCCUUCUACAUUCUUGAAACUGGCGAGGCUGAGGUCUAUAAACGCGGCAACGAGAAACCCGUCCACAGGUACGGAAAGGGCGACUACUUCGGUGAACUGGCCCUGCUCAACGAUGCCCCGCGCGCUGCCUCCGUCGUCAGCACCACCGAGGUCAAGGUUGCAACCCUCGGCAAGAACGGCUUCCAGCGGCUGCUGGGUCCAGUUGAGGGCAUCAUGAGGCGCAAUGACCCGAGCAAACUCCAGGACUCGGACGGCGUAGAUCCGUUCACGAAAUCAUCAUAG